AUCUUACACGUGUAUAUACGUGUGCGAGUGAUGAUGAAAUAAACAACAGAAGAGACAUCGGGAAAUGCGUCAUUCAAAUAUUAGACUAGUUAGCGGUGAUUGUAAACACCACUAGCACUAGUUGUUUGCUUAUUGUGGUUAGGAAACAGAAUCAAUUCAGUUUUAAUUGUUUUCCCAUUUGGUAUAGUAACUAGCCAGUAAUAGAUCCUCACAGGUUAAUGCACGUUCACAGUGCUUUGCUGCAAAUAUAGUUUGCAAACAACGGUGUAUCAUGAAACUAAUAGCCAUGCUUUUGCUUUGUAGCAUAACUGAAGGACACGCAACAGAACAAGAAAAAUCGUGCAGUAGUUUUAACGGGACGAAUUUCAAACUGGUAACCGACACAAGCGGUAACUUGACACACCCCAUGGAUGGCAACUACUAUGCAAGUAACCAGGAUUGUACGUGGGUGUUCACCGAUGUGAGGCGCGUGUUAUUGUUAAGGGUGGUGGAGAUGGGACUUCAUAACCCGCAUCAAACGUGCUUGAGGGACUACAUUGAAUUACCCAACGGCGAAAGAUUGUGCAACUUUAACAAUCAUGGAUGCUAUAUCUUUGUCAAGGAAACCGCAAACGUUACUUUAUGUGACAAUAUAUGUGGUAAUGAACAUACGAACCAGGUUACACAGCUACAUGGUCAUCAGUGGCCACCGAUAAUAAAGUUUUACUCCGAUCAAAACCACAGCGAUACUGGGUUUGUAUUAACGUUCUAUACGAACCCAUGUUCCAACGCAAGAAUUGUAAAUCAACGCACUGAACCAACUUCGUUAACAACAACAACAACAACAACAACAACAUCAACUGUAAACGUUCCCAGCAACAGCAACCAGCACACAACGAAGUCAUAUUCAACAGGAAUCAUUGUAGCAAGCGUAGCGGGGGGCGUUGUAGGCUUUAUACUGUGCUUGUUAUUAUGUCGUUUUAUCUAUUACGGAAGAUUGGGACGAAAGAAACGAGUUAGAAGAGUCAACAGCACAACUCCUAACCCUUUGACAUACGAGUAUGCGUUGAAUGUAACUCCUGCCGAACCAGCUAAAGAAAAUCAUUACGGUAUGGUGGAAAACGAGAUAUACAAACAAGUUACUUCUGGUAAUGUUUUACCAAACGACACUGAAGCUAGGUAUGAGUUAAUCGCAACAUAAGGAUAAUGAAGGUCAUUUCAAUGGUUCUACCUAUUUCAUGUAAAAUCGAGAUUUUUUAUAUAAAUUGAGUGUCUCGUUUUCGCAUGACGCACUUAUUGUAUGCAUAUCACGUGUACUUGCUCGAAAAUCUGCUCCAGUCGACAUUUUAACGUGAGAUACGUCACAUAGCGUUUUCGUGGGCAGACAUUACAGUCGCGACAAAAUA